GAGGUCAGUUCGUCACCCGGCUUACGAGGCCGCGCUACCAGAGCGUGUGGUAGAGAGAAGAAAGAGAAGACCGAAAGCCAAGUCGGAAAAAACGAAUAUUUGUCUGAGCAGCCGCACAAGGCCGAAGUCCGGGCGGAAAGUAACGAGAGUUCUGAAAGCCGCUCGCUCCCAACGAGAGGAGCCGAGUGCUUCCGGAGGGACGGCGGGAGGAGCUUGAGGGCGUGAGGCGGAAGUUGCCGACGGUCUUCCGGGAAGGGCCGAAGGGGGCUGUCCGUUGCCGUCCGACACACACGCACACACUCACUCACGCACGAACAGAGCCCGCAGUAGGAAAAGCGGCGGCGCUCUGAGGCGGGGCGGGCCCGGUUGCUUGGCCCCUUCGUUCCUUCUUUCCUUCUUUCGCCUCUCCUUUUCCUGCCCUUCCCCUUCCCGCUCUCUUGCCCCCAUCCCUGCCCCGGCUGCCCUACCCACCCAGUCCCUCUCGGCCGAUCCCAGCAGGCCACGCCGGCCCGGGCAGGCCUCGGGAGUCGCUGCCGCCGGCCCCCCUCCCUCUUCCCUCUCCCCCCUCUCCUCUCCCCUCCCCCAAGACGGGCCAGGCCGGGCUGUGGUAGCCGGGUGGGAUAGGCCGGGGCCGUAAGGGUGAGAGACCAGCCAGCCAACCAACCAACCAUCCCGUCGCUGCUGCUGCGCCGCCGCCGCCAGUCAGUCAGGAUGAUCAAGCUUUUCUCGUUAAAGCAGCAGAAGAAGGAGGAGGAAUCGGCCGGCGGUACCAAAGGCUCCAGCAAGAAAGCCUCUGCCGCGCAGCUCCGCAUCCAGAAAGAUAUUAAUGAACUGAAUUUGCCGAAAACAUGUGAAAUAGAUUUUUCAGACCAAGAUGACCUCCUCAACUUCAAGCUAGUUAUCUGCCCUGAUGAGGGUUUCUAUAAAGGCGGGAAAUUUGUUUUCAGUUUUAAAGUGGGACAAGGGUACCCACAUGACCCGCCCAAGGUGAAGUGUGAGACCAUGGUGUAUCACCCCAACAUAGACUUAGAAGGCAAUGUCUGCCUAAAUAUCCUCAGAGAGGACUGGAAGCCUGUACUAACAAUAAACUCUAUAAUUUAUGGCCUGCAGUAUCUCUUCUUGGAGCCAAACCCUGAAGACCCCCUGAACAAAGAGGCUGCUGAAGUCCUUCAGAACAACAGGCGCCUGUUUGAGCAGAAUGUCCAGCGCUCUAUGCGGGGCGGCUACAUUGGCUCCACCUACUUUGAGCGCUGCCUCAAAUAGAACUGACCGGCUCCGGGCACAAUCCUGCCCUCCCCUUGCCCCUUCAUCUCCCUUCCAGCUCUCCUAAGGGACUCUGCCAACACCGCUGCCUUCAGCCACCAAGGGGGCACAGGAGUCAGGAAUUGGCAGAAGGCCCCCUCCAUCUUUCCCCCCUUCCUUGCCCCCAUCUGCUCGCCUUCCUACUGCCCACUGCCAGUCUGGGGCCUCAGCAGCUGCUGCCUCACCAAAUCCUUGUACCUCUCUAUGUGCUGCUGCGGGGUGAGGGGGUGAGGUUACUGCUGCUUCUCUACCCCACCCACUGUAUUGGGGUAGCCACCUGCCCCAUGGAGCUGGGUGUGUGGGGCCCCAUGCUGGUGCCUGUCUGCCUUUCUGGGGGCUGUGGUUUUGCUGCUAAGAACAGAAGGCUCCCUCUGUGCUCUGGCACCCCCUGCCUGCAGUGUAGUGUAACCGCACUACAUAAACUGCAGGCCAUUUGCCUGUCCUUUCCUCCUCCCUUGCUGGGCACCAAGGCUUCCGAGCGUAAAUAUUUAUUACACAGGGGAGGCUCUCAAGGGCUGGGUGAGUCUGGAAGGCUGAGGGGGUGCUCAGACACCUCCAUCCUGCCCCAUGCACUGUGGCUCUGGGGAGGCUGGGUCAGGCCUGGAAUAUUUCUUUUAGAAUCAACUCACUUGUGUGUCUGGUUUUUAAGGAAAAAUAAAAACAACCAAACCGACCAGUGCUAAUAAUAGUAGUAGUAAAAAUGUAAUGGCAGCAGUGCUGUUUCCACUGUGUCCACCAGGGCUUGCCCAGCAACGAACACUCUCUGCCUCUCCAGUGACUCCUGUGAGCCCCUGGCCAAAAUAAAGCCACUGUACUUCUAGUGUGUUGGGUUAUUAAAGGGGAAUGUUAGUGCA